GAGGAACCCGGGUCUUUCACCGCUGUUGUAUGGCUCGUCGGCCUGCUGUUCUACCUCGCUGAGAAACCGUGAAGAUGGCCGCCGCCAGUUUGCACUGGUUGCAGGGUUCUAAUUGAGCAUACCCACUACCCAAUUCGAGAAAACCCAAGUUUAGCUUUACCAAUUCUGGAUACACGAUUAUAUUUUUAAGUAAGCAGGAGGUUCUAAUUACUCUGUAGUCUGAACUCAUAAGGAUUAGGAUUUAAGAUUUAGGCCGGGUGGGGCGAGCUUCGCAUAACUCACGGGUCUUGGGUUAAAAACGUACGUACGGGAGUCAUUAGCCUACCUAGGGAUUCCUUUGUAGGGGCUCCAACCCGCCCAUUGAGGAUUCUCUUUGGGUUUCAUCAAGCGUGGCCUCGGGGGAUCUGUCCGAGUGUCCAUGGCUUAGUUAAUCAAAAGGAACCUUAGCCUAUAGGGUUAAGUGUAGAUGUACAACAGGAACUGAAUAUAAAUAAAUAGUUGAUCAUGAUAUUUGAUAAUGAUAUUUGCUGAUUCUUCUGAUGUUGUAUGAUUAUAGAUUAAUGGGUGCUAGUCUAUGAGUUAGUUUUAGCGUUAGAUACUUCCACUCUCCCUAUUUUUUACAGGUAGGGAUCAAGGGUUGGAUGAGGAGCAGCCUGGAGGACAGUGAGACGUGACGUUGGUGGAUGGCCUGAAGCUGCUUGUUUUAAAUUAAUUAUAUUUUGACAAAUUUGUUUAUUUAAAUUACAAGGAUGUUGAAUGUUGUUUUUAAAGGCUUCCGCAACGUUUCAGUUAUUUACUCCGAUUAAACAAUGAAUUGUUUUUUCAAUAACUAUGAAUGUUUACUUUAUUUCUAAGUGUUUUUAAAAUAUUAUGCAUGUGAAUACCAAAUUAUUAGCAACUCGAUUCGCUAACUCGUUGGUUCGGGUUACGCGGGUCGGGGUGUUACAUUUUGGUAUUGGAGCAUGUGGUUUUAAAAACGGUUCUCGGAAAAAAAAACAAAACGUGAAUUUAUUUUCAAAAAAAAAUUGUUAUUCAAAAAAAGAGAAGGAAAAAGGGCAUCCACAGCUUCGCGACGUCACUGCUCCAGAAGAUUCGAGUAUCCAGUUUCUACCGACGGGAGUGACAGAAGGAGCUAAAGAUCUUCCGGCGACGGCGCGACGCAACUGACUCGGUCGACUGUACGACUCACAGUUUUACGACGAUUCUAAUUUUCAGCUGUUCAUCGGAGGAGAAUGAAUGCUCCAGAUCGUUACGAACGAUUUGUCGUCCCAGAAGGCGUCAAGAAGGUUUCAUACGAGCGGGACACGAAGAUCAUCAAUGCUGCCACUCUAACCGUCGAGAGGGAAGACCACACAAUCGGCAACAUUCUUCGCAUGCAGUUGCACAGGGACAGUAAUGUUCUCUUUUCCGGUUACAAGUUGCCUCACCCUCUUCAGUAUAAAAUCAUACUCAGGAUUCAAACAACAAGCCAGUCUUCCCCAAUGCAGGCUUAUAAUCAGGCUAUUAAUGAUCUUGACAAAGAGCUAGAUCAUUUGAAAAAUCAAUUUGAGAUUGAACUGGCGAAGCACGCGCAAGAGUAUUGAUCAACUUGAGUUUUUGUGGUAGCAUAUGAGGAGCUGGAGCUUAGAUCAAUUCAAAUGGAAUGAAUGACUUAGUUGGUCAUGAUAAUGUGGCACUUUUUCUCUAGGUGAACUUGUUGUGUUGUAUUUGAACUAGCUAGCUAAUUUGAAGUUACAUACGGAGUACUAGUAAUGGCUUAGGCUCCAUUUAUGCAGACCAUGGCUUGAAUUUAGAUUUCAAGUGUUGUUUUUCCCUAAUCAAUUAGUAACAACUCUCUCCAUCCGGAUUUAAUUUUUUUAUUUGUCUUUUUUUUUGGUCAAAAUUUGUAGAUUUUUACCUCGAUAUGCAGAAGAUAUAUAUUGUAUUUCGAUAUAAAUGUAAAAUCAAUAGUUUUCUUUUGA